AUGGCGCGGUGCGGACGGCAUUCAGGCCGAGGUACGACCGGGAUGAGGUACGAUCGGGAUGAGACCAUCGGAAAGCUCUUAAACGAGGACGCGGAGCGGUUCUCCUUGCCAAUCAAGCGGCGCCACGUCAGCACAGGGCACGGGCUGCAGGGAUUCGUUCUGUACAGCAGCUACCGCCUGAACAUGUCGUCCUUUGUGGUGCUCGGGCUCUCCCCCAUGGCGCUGCACUCGCUGCCACGUGUCAACUCGUGCAGCAGGGGUUAUAAAGGAAGGGGGAGUGAGACGCAGGGGGGGGAGGGGGACACCACUAUUUGUUUUCCCCCAAAGCCUCCUGCAUCCGCUUUUUCCUGUGAUAUUUUUUCCCUUGUCCCCCAUCCACCUCUCCACCCACCUCUCCACCUCGCCUCUCCACUCCACCUCGCCUCUCCACUCCACCUCUCUCCACCCCACCUCUCUCCACUCCACUCCACCUCUCUCCACUCAACCACUCUCCACUCCACCACUCCACUCUCCACUCCACCACUCUCCACUCCACCACUCUCCACUUCACCUCUCUCUACUCCACCUCCCUCUACUCACCUCUCUCCACCCCACCUCACGUCUCUAUUCGCUCUCUACUCACCUCUCCUUCUCCCCUCCUCUCCUUGCACUCCCACCCGAAUCGCGUUCGCCCGUUCCCCGCGUUUAGGCAGAUGGGAGCCGACGACGCCAGCAUCCCAUGCUGAUGAGCCACGUGGCAGUGAUGGUACACGUGGCACAGCCACGUCAGCACGUGCAGGAUUCUCAAGACACUUGUUAGAAGUUAAGGGAGGUGGCAACGUGGGGCCACGGGGGAGAAGGGAUGAGGGAGGUAAAGGGGCGGUGCGAGGCAAAGGGGAUGGGGGAAGUAAAGGGGUGGUACAGGGUAGGGGGGCAGGAAGGGGUAAAGGAGGGGAUGGACGGGGAAACGGGGCGGGUGAUGGGGGAAGGGUAAGGCAGGGGGGAAAGAUUGGGGUAAAGUGGGCGCAUGUGGUUCACAAGGGGAAGAGUGGGGCUGAGAGUGUGGAGGGGAGAAGAGAGAGUGAGAAGAGGGGCGAGGUGGGGAAGGGGGAGAAGGACGUGGUAAAAAGUGGUGCAGUGGGGUUGAAGGAGCAGCAGCAGCAGGCACUGCGGCAGCCAGGCAAGGAGGUUGGAGGGGGAAGGGAAGGAGGGAAGGGAGGCGUAAAGGGAGGAGAGAAGGGAGGAGGGAAAGGAGAAGACAAGGGAGGAGGGAAGGGAGGGGCGGAGGGUGGAGAGAAGGGGAAGGAGAAGGGCGGAGAGAAAGGAGAGAAGGGAGGAGGGGAGAGGAAGGAGGAGCAGAAGACAAGUGCACGAGUGAAAGAGAGGAAUGGUGCUGUUCCUUCCAAGGCCGGUGUUUCUUCUAAGGGUGGUGUUUCUGCAAAGGGAACAACAGGCACAGCAGGUGGGGGAGUGGUAGUUCGGGCAGAUGGAGGGAUGACCGCACACUACCCGGGGGAGGGCUUUAAGAUGCGGUACGAGGCGGUGAUCCUGCAGUGCUCCCUGCAGGCGCCCACGGGGCCGAUAUCAGGGGGGCGGCUGGUGAUGGUGGUGGAUGGGCGCGAAGCAGUGGUGGUGCAGGAGGAGCAAGGGCAUGACCUGCCACACGCCAUGCGCACACACGAUUUCCCUCACGCUCUUACGCACUGCUCCUCGCCGCUAUACAAGCCGACGCACGCUGGCCGGCUGCGCGAGUGGAUGGAUUUCCACCGCACUGUUCACCGCGUCGACCUCUUCCUGCUGUACGAUGCGGGCGGCGUGGACGGCGCGGUUCGGCACGCACUGCAACCCCUGCUGGCGGGCGGCACAGUGCAGAUCGCGGAUCUCAGAGACGCCGCCCGGUUUGAGAGCUACCACCACGCACAGCUCCUAGCGAUGAACGACUGCAUAUUCCGCACGCGCCACCUCUCCCGCUGGACUCUCCUCCUCGACUUCGAUCACUACAUCUCCCUCCCCAACGCCCUCAUUGCCAAACGCUACCAACCCCCCACCACCACCACUACCACCUCGGCCACCACUACCACUACCAAUCCUGCCACCACCACUGCCACCGCCGGCGCCACUACCUUUCCCAGAACGCUACUGGCUGACCCGAGUAACACAAGGGCGCUCUCUCUGCUGGCGUUUCUAGAUGGGAAGGGCCAGACUACUGAUGCGAGAGGGCAGGGACAGGGGGUGGGGGAGGGCGAGGAGGGGUGGACGUGGGUGAGCUUUGGCUGCUUCGUCUUCUCUGUCGACCGCUGCGCUCCUUUGCCCGACAUCAGGGGGCAGGGGAAGGGGCAGGGGCAGGGGCAGGGGCAGGGGCAGGGGCAGGGGCAGGGGCAGGGGCAGGGGCAGGGGCAGGGGCAGGGGCAGGGGCAGGGGCAGGGGCAGGGGGAGGAGGGGGGAGCAGGGGGGGGGCGAGGAGGGGUGGACGUGGGUGAGCUUCGGGUGCUUCGUCUUCUCUGUCGACAGCUGCGUGCCUUUGCCCGACAUCAGGUGAGACGCUUGCUCCCUUUCUGUUGCCCGCUUAUUUUGGGGGGAGAGGAGUGGGGGCAUUUGGUUAUAAAUGAGGGGGAUGAGUGGGCGGUGGAGCGGAUGGUGUAUCGGGACCCGGAGCCCUACUGCAAGGAGAACAGCAGCUACAGCGACAAGACCGUGUGCCAAAAGGCAGAUGGCCUUCGCCAACUCGCCAUCAACCCUCGCAAAACCCUCGUGGUUCAGAGCAACCGAAUUCUGAAUGCGGAGCCAGGAGGGUACAUAGCGCCCACGGGGAGUGUGCGCAUGAACUACUUCAAGGGGCUUUCUGAACGCGAGCGCAGCACCUGCGAAAUUAUCAUGCCCAAUGCUGAUGGUACCAUCGAUGCCAACUUGACUCAAGAUUACUCCGUCGCAGCCCUCCCUGCUCGCCUGCACCAGAUGCUACCUCCCCUUUCCUCCCCGCACUCGCGACACCUCGCCCUCCUCCUCGCCGCCCCCCUGCUGCUUCUCUUCCUCCUCUUGCUGCGCCGCACCGUCGCUCGCACGGUCCUUGCAGCUUCCUCUGGUGUGCAUCGUUUCUUUGCCGCGCUGCCCCGUGCUGUGGGUGGACUCAUGAGGCUGAGGCCCCAAACGCCUGAAAAGACUUUGCCGCAUGUAGCGGCUGAAGAAGACAGCUUGGAGCUGCGGCAGAGGGCUCAGCUUGUCAUUGGACAGGAGCAGCUGCAGCAGCAGGAUGAGGAGGAGGAGGAGGAUGAGCAGAAGGAGGAGGCGGAGUCACCAGCUGCUGCAGCAGAAGUUGGCUUGGAGCUGCGGCAGAGGGCUCAGCUAGUCAUUGGACAGGAGCAGCAGCAGCAGCAGCAGCAGCAGCAGCAGCAGGAUGAGGAGGGGCAGAAGAAGGAGGAGGAGGCUUCACCAGCUGCAGCAGCAGUAGCAGCAACAGCACCGCCACCAGCAGCAGCAGCAGCAGAAAAGAAACAAAGCAAAUCAGCAGCAGCAGCAGCAGCAGCAGCAAUAGUAGCAAUAGUAGCACCGGAGGAGCUUGUGUCAAGUCUUGAAGAGAUUUCGUACUUGCGGGAUAGGGUUCGGCUUAUGAUUGAGGAGAAGGGGGAGGGGGAUGAUGAGGAGGAGGAGGAGGAGAGGGGGGAGGGGGAGGAGGAGUGGGAUGAGGAGGAGGAGGAGUGGGGUGAGGAGGAGGAGUGGGGGGAGGAGGAGGAGGAGGAGUGGGGGGAGGAGGAGGAGGAGGAGGAGGAGGAGGAGGAGGAGGAGGAGGAGGAGGAGGAGGAGGAGGAGGAGGAGGAGGAGGUGGUGGUGGAGUGGGGGGAGGAAGAGGAAGAGGAGGCGGAGGAGUGGGGGGAGGAAGAGGAAGAGGAGGAGUGGGGGGGGGAAGAGGAAGAGGAGGAGAAGGAGUGGGGGGGGGAAGAGGAAGAGGAGGAGGAGGAGUGGUGGGAGGAGGAGGAAGAGGAGGGGUUGAGCACUGAGGGGAUAACGGAGCAAGAGCAACAGCAGGUUCAGCAGUCUCUGAAGCAACUGAUUGGUGAGGGUGAGGCUGACGAAGCGACUAUUGUUGCUGCUGUUCGUAAUGCUGCUGCUGGUGAUGGUGGUUCCAGUGGUAGCAGCAGUGGUGGUGGUGGUGGUGAUGUUGAUGUAUUGUUUGAGUCACUGAAUGCGGCAGAUGACAUUUUUUCAAUGAUGCUGGCACUUGAUGUGCGCUGGGUGGAUGCAACAGAAGGUUCAGGUGAAAAUUCAGCAGGUCGUCUCGUCUCCCCACCUCCUCCGGCCCGUCAUUCCUCGCUGCCAUGGAAGCAGCUGUUCGCCUCUCACCAUCCCUCCCUCUCCCCCUCCCUUGCCCUCGCUUCCCCUCCUUCCCACCCCACCGUGCCUCACAGCAGGUCGUCUCGUCUCCCCACCUCCUCCGGCCCGUCAUUCCUCGCUGCCAUGGCAGCAGCUGUUGGCCUCUCACCAUCCGUGGCCCUCGCAGCAACACUCAAGGGCGUGGUUGCCAGGCUGGAAACAGAGCUUGUCGUUUGCAAUUAUAACUCCAGCACCCCAUUCCUCCCGCUUUCACCCAUCUUCUCCCCUUGCCCCCGUCUUCUCCCCUUGCCCUCAUCUUCUCCCUUUGCCCCAUCUUCUCCCCUUGCCCUCAUCUUAUCGGUUGCCCCAUCUUCUCCCCUUGCCCUCAUCUUAUCGGUUGCCCCAUCUUCUCCCCUUGCCAUCAUCUUCAUCCAUCCCCACCAGCCUGAGCUAGUGUCAUCAGCCCAUCGACUGGGUGCCGUGCUGACUCGCCGGCAGCGGGAGGAGCUGGCAUGGAUGUAUGAGAGGGCUGCUGGUCCCAAGCAUGUGGUGCUCGUGAGGACUGCUCUUGGGGUCGCAGCCCUCCCUGCUCGCCUGCACCAGAUACUACCUCCCCGCUCCUCCCCUCUCCCCCUCCGCCUCGCCCUCCUCCUCUCCUCCUCCCUCCUCCUCCUCUGCCUGCUCCUCCGCAGCUCCCUUGUCGCACGCAGCUUGCAGGCAGCUUCUGCUGCGGUGCGCUCAUUCUUUGCCCCUGUGCUGUGGGCUGUGAGUCCCGAGGAGGUUUUGCAGCAGCAGGAGGAGGAGGCUGAACGGAAUGCACAGCAGCAGCAGCAGGAGCAGGAGAAAGCUGCGCGGAAGGCACUGCAGCAGCAGGAGGAGGAGGCUGAGCGGAGGGCACUGCAGCAGCAGCAGCAGCAGCAGCAGCAGCAGCAGCGGCAGGAGGAGGAGGAGAAGGAGAAGGAGGCUGAGCGGAAGGUAUCUGUUGAGAAUUCUAAAGAAAUGGCAGCUUCCGCUGCUCUGCGCUCGUUCUUUGCGCCUGUGCUGUGGGCUGUGAGUCCUGAAGAGGUUUUGCAGCAGCAGCAGCAGGAGAAGGCUGAGCGGAAGGCACCGCUACAGCAGGAAGAGAAAGCUAAACGGAAGGCACCGCUACAGCAGGAAGAGAAAGCUAAACGGAAGGUAUCUGCUGAGAAUCCCAAAUUAACGGCAGCCGCCGCUGCGGUGCGCUCAUUCUUUGCGCCUGUGCUGUGGGCUGUGGGUCCUGAAGAGGUUUUGCAGCAGCAGGAGGAGAAGGCAGAGCAAAAUGCACUGCAGCAGCGACAGCAGCAGCAGCAGCAGCAGCAAGAGGGCCAGCAGCAGCAGCAGAAGCAGCAGCAGCAGCAGCAGCAGCAGCAGCAGCAGCAGCAGCAGCAGCAGCAGCAGCAGCAGCAGCAGCAGGAGCAGACAGGCAGUAGCAGGACUGGUGAAACUGUUAGUUCUGCCUUUGUGAUGAAAACUGCCUUUGGGUUCAGUGGUGGUUAUGCUGGUUCUGAUGGUGGAGUGGAAACAGCAGGGAAAGAGGAAGAAGACAUUCACCGGACGAUGCUGGCUCUUGAAAUGAGCCAGGUGGAUACAACAGAGCGCUCAGGUGCUUUGGAGCAGUUCAACUCACAGGGGCACAUUCCUGCAGAUGCUCUCAUUCAGAUCUGGGCGGCGUGGCGAGCAUCUGGUGACACGUGGCACACUCAGAGAGACUCUGUGCGGCUGAUAGUGUUCAACGCUGCCGUCCAGCUGGCACUGGAUGAAUGCAUCGGCUCGCAGCAGCCAUCCAAACUCCCCACCUCGGGCCCGUCAUUCAUAGUGGCCAUGGCAGAAGCUGUGAGCCUGGCCCCGCCUUCAGCUCUGGCAGCAGCGCUGCGAGGGGUGGCGAGCAGAGUGGCAGCGGAGCUCGUGGCAUGCAAUGAGCUGUUAGAAGCGAGUAAGAGGGGCGAGGCAGAGGAGAAUCUACGGCAGAUUUCAAAUCUCCUCUCAGUGUUCACUCCUGCUGCAGUUGCGCCCGAACUGGCAUCCUCGGCCAACGUUUUACGUGAGAUGCUGUCGCAGCGAGAGCGGGAGGAGCUGGCAUGGAUGUAUGAGAAGGCUGCUGGACCCAAGCAUGCAGCACUCGUGAAGAAAGUGCUUGGGCUUUAA